AUGUCUCUAUGGGCGCCUAUCUCUAUGGGCGCCUAUCUCUAUGGGCGCCUAUCUCUAUGGGCUCCUAUCUCUAUGGGCGCCAAUCUCUAUGGGCGCCUAUCUCUAGGGGGGCGCCUAUCUCUAGGGGCACCUUUCUCGAUGGGCGCCUAUCUCUAUGGGCGCCCCGCGCCUAUCUCUAGAGGCGCCUAUCUCUAUGGGCGCUCAUCUCUAGGGGCGCCUAUCUCUGGGCGCCUAUCUCUAGGGGCGCCUAUCUCUAGGUUUGCCUAUCUCUAUGGGCGCCUAUCUCUAGGGGCGCCUAUCUCUAUAGGCGCCUAUCUCUAUGGGUGCCUAUCUCUAGGGGCACCUAUCUCUAGGGGCGCCUAUCUCUCGGGGCGCCUAUCUCUAUGGGCGCCUAUCACUGUGGGCGCCUCUCUCUAG